ACAGACCAAUCGAGUUGAGAGUUGAGAGUUGAGUGAUAAAACACAAUGAGUUUCAGAACUAUGUUGAAAGUGAGUUUCUUGAUGUUGCUUGCCAUGUCUUUGGCAGCAACUAGUGUUCAUGCUCGCUUAGACCUAUUUGGCCAGCUGCUUACCUCCAAGAACCAACCACACCCUAAUUCUGAUUACAUAUUAAAUAAAUCAAUCAAAUUAUAUUUGUCAUUCAAGCAGAAGAAUGCCAGAAAAUUCCAUAUCUAUUGUGCGGCCGUAUCUGUGACGUUUGCUUAUGCGAUCGGCGUUUACCGGAGUUUUCAGAGUGUACUUGUGGGCAGUGGAAACCGGUUGAUGAAGAACUCCAACAAUCUGGAGACGCAGGCAUAGCCCUCCCAAUCCAGCUAGCUUAGCUGCUAGAUUUCCCGAAAGGUCGAGUUCAAUGAUAAUAAAAAGGGCUACGUACUUACUCCUGGUGCCCUGGAAUUCCUUUGAGUUGCCUUGUUGAUGUAUUAAGGCUUUAGUUUCUCUGUAAAUUAAGCUUUCUUUGUCUAUAUGACUAUAUGCAUGUUUGCAGUCUUGUGUUGCUCUAUUGUCAGUUACUCAGUUUCGAUCAGCUACACUUAAUUAUCUUGUUAAGAAAUAAAGUUCGUAAACUUUUAGCAUUACGUCGAUCG